AAUUUGGAGCCACCUGCUAGCUCUUCACAUGACUAUUGCCAUAUAUAAAAACACUACCUCAUAUAUGCAUGCAUAUGUUCAAGUUCCAAGCCUUCCCAUUAGCAGACUGACAAGCUAGCUAACUCGCUGGCCAUCAGUUCUCUGUUGUGACUGGCAAUUACUAGAAGCUAGCUAGCUCUUGCUAACAUGGGAAGCCUUCCGCUUUCUACUUCGGAACUCCCGGUGAGUACUAGCAGAGUUUGGAGCAGCCCAACUCUACUAUGCACUCCAUUAAUGGGAACAACUGUCGAUCAAAUGCUGAUCGAGAUGCGAAAGGCCAAGGAAAUCGGAGCAGACCUCGUCGAGAUCCGCCUUGACUGUUUAAGAACCUUCAGUCCUCCCCAGGAUCUACAAAUCUUAAUCAAACAGUCUCCUUUGCCUACUCUUAUCACUUAUAGGCCUGUAUGGGAAGGUGGUCAGUAUGAAGGUGAUGAAACCAAGAGACAGGAUGCACUUCGGCUUGCGAUGCAAUUGGGAGCAAACUACAUUGAUGUUGAGCUAGAGGUUGCUCAUGAGUUCAACAACUCUAUUCAUGGAAAGAAGCCUGAAAAUUUCAAGGUCAUUGUAUCAUCUCACAAUUUUCAGAACACGCCAUCUAUGGAGACAGUUGGCAAUCUUGUGGCAAGAAUACAAGCUACUGGAGCUGACAUAGUGAAGAUUGCAACCACAGCAUUAGACAUCACAGACGUGGCACGCAUUUUUCAAAUAACCGUGCACUCUCAAAUCCCAAUAAUAGGAAUUGUUAUGGGUGAGAGGGGUUUGAUCUCACGGUUACUUAGCCCCAAAUUUGGUGGAUAUCUCACUUAUGGGGCACUUGAGACAGUUGGGAUAUCAGCUCCGGGGCAACCAACAGCAAAAGAUUUGUUGGAUUUAUACAACUUUAGACUCAUAAGGCCCGACACAAAAGUGUAUGGAAUUAUUGGGAAGCCUGUUGGUCACAGCAAGAGUCCACUUUUAUUCAAUGCCGCAUUUAAAUCAGUUGGUCUGAACGCAGUUUAUGUCCAUUUUUUGGUGGAUGACGUAGAAAAGUUCUUCAAAACCUAUUCAUCUCCUGAUUUUGCUGCCGGAUGCAGUUGCACAAUUCCACAUAAGGAGGCUGCACUUAAAUGCAUGGAUGAGAUUGACCCAAUUGCUAAGAAAAUUGGAGCCAUAAACAAUAUUGUCAGGAGACCUGAUGGCACAUUGACUGCCUUUAAUACCGAUUAUAUUGGUGCCAUAUCUGCCAUCGAGGAUGGACUACGAGAACUAAAUGGAGCAAACCCUGCAUUUGGCUCACCUUUAGCUGGCAAAUUGUUUGUUGUCCUGGGAGCUGGUGGCGCUGGCAAAUCACUUGCUUAUGGUGCAAAACAAAAGGGAGCAAGAGUAAUAGUGGCCAAUCGCACAUACGAACGAGCUAAAGAACUUGCUGACAAAGUUGAUGGACAAGCUAUGACACUAUCUGAAGUAGAAAAUUUCCAUCCAGAAGAAGGGAUGGUUCUUGCAAAUACCACAUCUGUAGGAAUGAAGCCCAAAAUUGAUGAGACCCCAAUUUCCAAGCAUGCUUUGAAACACUACUGCCUAGUUUUUGAUGCCAUUUACACACCAAAAGACACCAGACUCUUACGAGAAGCCAAAGAGUUUGGAUGCUUAGUUGUUUAUGGGACAGAGAUGUUGAUCCGCCAAGGCUUCGAACAGUACAAAAACUUCACUGGUUUGCCUGCCCCAGAGGAACUGUUUAGAGAACUCAUGGCAAGGCAUGCAUAAGAGGAGAUGUGCUUGGCUGUUCUACUGUUGCUGCUGCAUCCAUAAUUAUCCAUCAACUCAUCCCGAAUUCUGUCUCUUGCGAUUAGGUGUUGAGUAAUGCCAUUGUAUCAAUAAGGAAUACAUUUGAAUAUGAAUGUAAGGAUACGAUCUUAGAAAUUAUUGUUGAGAAUGGUUCAUGUAGCCGACAGGCCCAAGCUUUUGGAUUAGGUUUUUGUUUAUUAAUUUAAGACCUUUUUUUCCAAAAAAAAAAAAUCAAAUUGGUUAGCUGCUGCUAUUUACUAUUAUGAAAACUAGAACAUUGAUUGUUA